GCUAAGCAGAACUCCUCUUUCACUGCUUUCCAGCGAGUCCUAGCAGCAAUGGACUUUUUUCUUUCAUUCCAAAUAACUUCUACCACCGCAAUUUUGGGCUUUUCAAUCGUUCUCUACUGUUUGUUAUGGAUAUCAAGAAAUUUCAUAAGAAAAGGAAGCAAGAAGAAAGGAGCACCAGAGGCUGGUGGAGCGUGGCCUGUGCUUGGCCAUCUACAUCUCUUAGGAGGUCCACAACCGCCUCACAGAGUGUUAGCCGACAUGGCUGAUAAGUAUGGACCAAUCUUCACUAUCAAGAUGGGCGUGUAUCGAGCUUUAGUGGUGAGUAAUUGGGAGAUUGCUAAAGAAUGUCUCACUACCCAUGAUAAAGUCUUUGCCAAUCGUCCAAAAACAAUGGCCUCCGAGCUGUUAACUUACAAUUUUUCCAUGUUUGGUUUCAGCCCAUAUGGCCCCUAUUGGCGCCAGAUUCGCAAGAUUGCGACACUUGAGCUUCUCUCAACCCACCGGCUUGAGAAACUUAGAAAUGUACGAGAAUCCGAGGUGAAAACUUCUUUAAAAGAGUUAUAUGAGGUAUGGGUUGAGAAGAAAUAUGGUAGUGGGAAUAAGGUGUUGGUGGAUAUGAAAAGAUGGUUCGGAGACGUAACCCUUAACGUGAUUUUGAGAAUAUUGGUUGGAGAGCGAUGCAGUUUGCGAGAGGGUAAAGAGAGUAAUAGAUGGAAAGAGGAAUUAACCAACUUUUUCGCCUUGAGUGGUAAGUUUGUUGUGUCAGAUGCGUUACCAUAUCUGAAGUGGUUGGAUAUAGGAGGAGACAAGAAGUCAAUGAAGAAGACAGCAAAAGAAUUAGACAUUGUUAUUCAAGAAUGGCUAGAAGAGCACAAGAGAAAAGUGAAGGGACAUCAAGAAGACUUCAUGGAUGUGAUGAUGUCCAUUCUGGAUGAUCCAGAGUUGUUUCCAGGUCGUGAUGCUGAUACUGUCAACAAAGCUACAUGUCUGGCUCUCAUAUUGGCGGCCGCAGACACUUCAACAGUUACAUUGACGUGGGCUCUCUCUUUACUUCUCAACAACCCUGAUGUCCUAAAGAAAGCCCAGAAUGAAUUAGACAUUCAGAUUGGAAAAGAAAGGCAAGUGAGAGAGUCAGACAUAAAAAAUUUAACUUAUCUCCAGGCCAUCCUGAAGGAAACCAUGCGUCUAUACCCUGCUGGUCCACUUGCACUUCCACAUGAAUCUACGGAAGAUUGCACCGUUCUUGAGUACCAUGUACCGGCGGGCACACGGCUCUUUAUUAAUCUUUGGAAGAUUCAUCGUGAUCCUCGUGUUUGGUUGGACCCUUGUAAGUUUCAGCCAGAAAGAUUUCUUACGACCCAUAAGGAUUUUGAUGUGAGGGGCCAGAGUUUUGAAUACAUGCCGUUUAGUAGCGGCAGAAGAAUGUGCCCUGGAGUGUCGUUUGGCCUUCAAGUUAUGCAACUUACACUUGCUUCUUUGCUGCAUGGGUUUGAAUUUUCAACCCCGUUUGAUGAACCUGUUGACAUGAAAGAAGGGAUAGGAAUGACUCUUGUUAAAAUCGCUCCACUUGAACUUCUUCUCACUCCACGACUUUCUCCUUCUUUAUAUGCUUAAAUUGAUUUAAUUCAGUGAUAAUUGAUGUAUACUCUUUUAUAUUUUUUAUUGAUCAA